UGAUAUUUUAUCGAUAGAAUUGUAAUGUCUCAAAUGGAUAGCAGCACUGCUGCGUUUCCUCCGUCCGCGCUUUCACCCCAGGCACCGCCUGGUAGCGCAGGAGCCACGGGCUCCGACGGAAAGAAAAAAUUACCCAACUCCAGUGGCAAAGUCACGGCUGGCAAAGUCAGCAAGAGUGGGCCGGGGAAAGCUAAAAGUAAAACAAAGUCGGACUCGGAGCCAAAGGCAAUGAGCGAGAAAAAUCAGGAAGUGGAAUCAACGGUUCCAUUUUCUACUUUUAAUAACAGACUUGAUAAAAUGGAAGCGCUUCUUGCGCGAGUGGUUGAGGCAUUGCCCGCUACUAAUGCUACGGCUGUCACCGGCAGCUCACACCCGUCUUCGUCUCGCGGCCCCACCGGGGCUACCGGCGGGGAAGACUAUGUGCAACGGCCUCCGUUCGACCACGGGAAUGACAUACCGCCCACCGGGCUCAUGGAUUUUUACGGUCUACCCGCGGAUGCAACCGAAACGGGCGCCGUCUCGGAGGAAGAGAAUUUUGACUCAGACAUGCCUCAACCUGAUAACUUUGUCAUUCCCUCGAUCGCCGCAAAAUUCGCAAUGGCGUCGGAUAUCGGAGAUCCUAUUGAGGAGGAGAUAGCCCAAUCUACUUCAUAUCUCAUGACACACCAAUUGGAGGGGAAAGUUCUUGAUGAAGUUACUGCAAAAUACCCAGCUCCAAGCAAUUGUCAGAUUAUAGAGGCACCAAAGAUGAACCCUGUGAUAUGGGACAAUCUACCUCCGAUGACAAAAAGCCGUGACUUGAAGUUACAGCGAGUUCAGAAAUCACUCACUCAUGGCAUCAAUGCAUUUGCCCGCUCCGUUUCUACGGGCGGUAUAACUGAUACACAGCAAGAUGCUUUGGCGUUGAUUUGUAACGCUAACUUUGAACUGAACUGCCUGCGAAAAGAGCUCAUAAAACCUGAUUUGAAUGCAAGGUUUACGCAUCUGUGCAAACCUACUCUGCCAGCUACUAGACUUUUGUUUGGUGAUGAUCUUGGAAAGCAGGUGAAGGAUCUCAAAGAUCAGCAACUGGCAGCGGCCGGUGUAAUGAGGGACAAAUUCAAAAACCGCUUUGCUUCGCAUCCCUAUCGGGGACGUGGCUACAAUGCACCGGGGCACCGCUGGGGCUCACAGAGCCAAUCCCGCGGGUAUAGCAGGCCAAUGUCAGGAUCGCAGGGUGGCCCUUUUUUAGGGUACAGACAGAACAGGAGGGGCAGACAGCCUCCGUACACUCAGUCUCAGGCUCCGAACCAGCCUCAAAUGCAAGUGCCAGGUGCCCAGAGGGGUCCCAUGGGCCAGCAGAGGAGGAAGUAGAACUCCCAAGACCAAGUCACGACAAGGUGCUGCGCCAGCCACUAGAAAGUAAAGGUUUGAGUGCAAGAGCUAUCAAUGUAAUAGCAGCAUCGUGGCGAGCAUCAACGACAAAGAACUA